CACAAUCACCACCACCCCACCAACACCACGAUACUCACGAUGCGCCCACGACUGCCUAUGCGAAGAAUACCCUUUAUCCGCCCCUUCCGACCUCCUAAUACUCUUAGACCCUUCACUCAGAACACUCUCGCCACCCGCUCACGACCUCAAUUGCCCUUCCUCUCCCCGCCAAACCGCCGCCCUAUAGCCCGAUUUCUCACAACUGAUCACAAACGAUGGAUCAAGGACGAGGUCUGGAGGGCAGGGAAAUACACCACUGUCCUGUGGACAUUAGCGGGACUCCUGUUCAUGAUGGCGUUCGGUGUGCAGCAGGAGUGGCUGGAGCGGAAAUUCCCCUCACCACGCGAAUGGUCUUGGGUGACGCGCAAGGAUUUCCGGAGCACAAAAUGGGACGAGGAUGCCGAUGAUGAGAGAGAUGGUCUUGUAGAUUGGGCAAGGACGGGCGAGGGAUUCCGGACUUUAAUCAAGAGGCUGGAGGAUCCAAAAAUCGAUGGCAAGGGACUGGAGGAGGUGGAUGACGGGGGGAUUCUGGUAGCGGGCAUUGGGAAGACGGGGUAUGAUAUCUCGAAGAAAUCGGAGCCUUGGAGAAGGGGAUACUACGAGGUGUUGAUGGGAGCAGCAAGGGCGGCGGAACAUCUGGAUGGGUGGGUCAGAGACAAGAAGAGAAACGUUGCGUUUCCAAAGAAUGUAGUCAUUGGCCCUUCGAAUCCGAAUCCUCGCCCUGUCCCCCCCGGAGCAAAGUCGGCCCCGAGAGAGGAGGAUUGCGAGCCCGCAUUUGAAUCCCCUGAGACAUACUACAUGCGGAUCCUCACUACACGAGGCUUCAACGAGAAGCAGAGAAUGGAUGCCGCGCUGGCUUAUGCAGCAUGGCUAGAUUUCAAGAAGACGCCGGAGGCAGCACUGGAGAUGUAUAAAUGGGCAUUAGAUAUUGCGACUGCGAACUCUCCCAAGCAGAUCGUGGAUCCAGCGACUGGGAUUCUCAACGCCAAUGCAGGCAUUCCCUCCGCCAACGUUUUGUCCGCAACGACAGCCCUUGCCGUCCACCAUGCCAUCAACUCUAACCUCAAUGUGGCCCUCCCUAUCUUUCUCUCCGUUCUCCGCGCCCGAAAAUCGCUUACCGAUGCACCAACCGUACGAUCAACGUCCACACCCGACGAGGAAGAUGGCGGGUUAUUAAAAACUGUCACAUCCCUCGUGAAAUCUGCUCUCAUGCCUCCCGAAUAUCCCCCUCCGCCAGAUGAUGGAACCUCUCCCCCACUACGGGGCCCUAAGGAACGUUGUGAAGAAGCGGGUAUCAUGACGUACAUUGGAGAGAUCCUCUAUGCGUCCAAGACGAGCAAAACCAGUAAGGAGGAUGGACUGGCAUGGACCAGAGAGGCCGUAGAUGUCGCAGAGGAGGAACUGCGAGGCAAACGAAUCGACAAGGAGGCGAAGAAGACAUGCAAGCAAUGCCUGGAAGUCGGGCUGGGGAACUGGGCGACGAUGGUCGCUCACUUGGCAAGGGAAGAGAAGGAAGCAGAGGGACAGAAGACGAAGACUCGAUCAUGGCUGGGCUUUGGGGGUGAGAAUCAGAAAGAGGUCCCCGGAAGGUGGAAGAGCGAAGAGCAGGUUGUUAGGGAGAGGACGCGGAGGGCUUCGGAAUUCCUUGGCAAUCCCGCGGGUGGAGCUGUUGGAAACAGCUCUGUCUUGUUUGAGUAAAUAUGAACACAGUGGAGCAGGCAGCUCUGUCUCCUUAUGUAUCUUUAUGGCCCUCAAUUUAUGGUCACAAUGUAAUAUGUUGAAAUACCUAGUCGAGCACCAGCCAUGCAAAAUACAUGCC